AUGGCGAAUACCAGCUCCCUCGUCUCCGAUUUCCUCUCCUUUCUCAACGCUUCUCCCACCGCUUUUCACGCCGUCGAUGAGUCAAAGAGGCGCCUACGAAACGCUGGCUAUGAGCAGAUUUCCGAGAGAGAUGACUGGAAAUUAGAAGCCGGAAAAAAGUAUUUCUUCACAAGAAACUACUCCACCAUUGUUGCUUUUGCUAUUGGCAAAAAAUACGUAGCUGGAAACGGAUUCCAUAUAAUAGGAGCACACACUGAUAGCCCUUGCCUCAAACUCAAGCCUGUUUCAAAGAUAACUAAAGGUGGAUACUUGGAGGUUGGUGUUCAAACUUAUGGAGGUGGCCUUUGGUACACCUGGUUCGAUCGUGACUUGACUGUUGCCGGACGUGUUAUUUUAAAAGAAGACAAGGCAGGUUCUGUCUCAUAUUCUCAUCGUCUUGUCAGGAUUGAGGAUCCUAUCAUGAGGAUUCCUACCUUGGCCAUUCACUUGGACAGGAAUGUGAACAGUGAAGGUUUUAAGCCAAACACUCAGACACACCUCGUUCCAGUACUGGCAACAGCUAUCAAGGCGGAGCUCAAUAAAGUUCCAGCAGAAGGUGGUGAACAGGAUGAUGGAAAGAAGUGUACUGAAACUAGUUCAAAAUCUAAGCAUCAUCCACUUCUAAUGGAGAUCAUUGCAAACGCAUUGGGUUGUAAACCUGAUGAGAUAUGCGAUUUUGAGCUGCAAGCAUGUGACACUCAGCCGAGCAUUCUUGGUGGUGCAGCAAAAGAAUUUAUUUUCUCAGGAAGGCUGGAUAAUCUCUGCAUGUCAUUUUGCUCUCUAAAGGCACUUAUAGAUGCAACGUCUUCUGUAAGUGACCUAGAGGAAGAAAGCGGAGUAAGAAUGGUGGCGUUAUUUGAUCACGAGGAAGUUGGUUCCAACUCAGCGCAAGGAGCUGGAUCCCCUGUCAUGAUUGAUGCUAUGUCACACAUCACAAGUUGCUUCAGCUCUGACGCUAAGGUGCUCAAGAAAGCGAUUCAAAAAAGUUUGCUUGUGUCCGCUGAUAUGGCUCAUGCUUUACAUCCAAACUUUAUGGACAAACAUGAAGAGAAUCAUCAGCCAAAGAUGCAUGGAGGGCUUGUCAUCAAACACAAUGCAAAUCAACGCUACGCAACUAAUGCAGUGACUUCAUUUGUGUUCAGAGAGAUAGCAGAGAAACAUAAUCUCCCUGUUCAGGAUUUUGUGGUACGUAAUGAUAUGGGUUGCGGAUCGACCAUAGGUCCAAUCCUAGCAAGCAGUGUGGGGAUAAGGACGGUUGAUGUUGGAGCUCCUCAGCUCUCGAUGCAUAGCAUCCGUGAGAUGUGUGCUGCAGAUGACGUGAAGCAUUCAUACGAACACUUCAAAGCUUUCUUCCAAGAGUUCACUCACCUUGACGCCAAACUCACUGUGGACGUUUGA